AUUGAUUACGGCCAAAGAAAAGGAUAAAAAAGGAAAACUCAAACCACUUAUUCAAAUUUCAAAGCCGUCCCUGACCGAGACGCUUCGAUAUCUUCUUGCUUUUAUUUUGCUGCCAAAGAUAGUCUGCGUUGUCUUUUAUUGAAGAGAAGAUUGGGGUUUUCCUCUUUCAUUUAAAGAGAAGAAACCGGAAAUUCAUAGAGCUUUUCUCCACGAAAAAGAAUCAUUUUUUUUGUUUGGGUUUGUUUUUUACUUGUCCCCAGAAAACAAAAGGAAUUAAAUUGACUGCGAAGAAGAAGAAAACCAGACGACUUCGCUGACAGGGAGAGGAGAGCUAUGGAUAUGAUGCUUUAUCAGCUCGGAAGGAACUCCUAUCAGGAGUCCUUGAAAGUUCUUGAGGCGGAUAUCCAGCUCGCUAAUGCUCUGGCGGCUGCAAUUCCAAGACAAAAAGGAGGGUCAUGCCUUCAAAUGGAACUGGUUUACAAUCAGUUAGCAGCACCUGUUUUUCUUUUUUUCCUGCGGUGGAUUGAUUGUUCAUUCUCUUUUCUGCUUCUCAAGUACCUAAAUCCUGUUUACAUCCUCAUCUACAAGGUGGAUGCCGAAGGAAGUUUAAAACUGUCCCGACAUGGAAGGAAGGCAACUAUUAGUGAUUUUUACGCUGUUAUAUUGCCGUCACUCCGUCGACUCCAUUUUGACUUGGUGGAACAUAGGAGGAACGCGAAGGAUGACAACCACUUGCGGGAAAGCAAGGGGAAGAAAAGAUUGAGAGGGGAUUCAAAAUUUGCUGACUUUGAUAAGGAUAGAGAGGCUGAGUGUGGGAUUUGCUUAGAAACUUGCACCAAAAUGGUUUUGCCCAACUGUUGCCAUUCUUUGUGCAUGAAUUGCUACAAGGACUGGAAUACGAGAUCGGAGUCUUGCCCGUUCUGUCGGGGCAGCUUGAAGAGAGUAAAAUCUAGAGACUUGUGGGUCCUCACCUCCAACGAUGAUGUGGUCGACCCUGAUGCCGUGUCCAAAGAGGAUUUGCUGCGCUUCUACCUCUACAUCAAAAGCCUUCCUAAGGAUUACCCAGAUGCUCUAUUCGUAAUGUAUUCUGAAUAUUUAAUAUGAUGAUUGAUUGACUUUAGCUACUAAAGUGAAAUGAGAAGGGGGGCUGUCUUUAUAGAUAGAAAUUGGACAGCCCUUUCUCAAUGUAAAUUGAAUCUAGUAAGUGAAAAGCCCCCCCCCCCUGCUCCGCUUAAAGUUCACACAGAAAUGACCCACCAUAUUAUUGUCUGUAUGGUGACAUCUGAUGUGUAGUGAAUCAUUGUAAAUGAUAUGAGAAUUUCAUUCUGAAACUUGC